CGGCGCUCCGAUCGUCCUCCGGGCUUCGUAUCCCUUCAACCCUUCGUAGUCGUAUUAGAAGCGCGGUGAGCACCGCCAUGGCCGAAGGAACCUACGAGUACGAGUGCAUGAGAGCCGAACUCCUGGGGAUCGAUCCACCAAACUACGAGGAUUACCUCCAGAAGAAGAAGGACGAGGAGGAGGCGAAACGGGCGGCGCAGCAGCAUGAGGAAGCCGAAGUGGAGAACCUGAAGGCGGCGGAGGAGCAGGGCGAGGAAUUGAAAGGAACCGCAGGGAAAUUGGAUGAAUUGAAUAGCAUUCUUUCGGCGACGCAGAAGAAAAUCGAUAGAUUCAAAGUUCGCUGCGGAUCGGUGACCGAGCUGAUAAAGACGAAGAUUGGAAGCAUAAGCAGCAACGGUGAGUCGAAGCCUCAAGAGAAGGGCUCAUCUUCGGAUCAACCACAAGAGGAACAACAGGAGGAGGAAGUUGAGAGCGUCGUAGCAGAGGCGAGCGGUGAAAACCCGAGGAAAAGCGAUUUAGCCAAAGCUCUCGACAACCACGUCGACAAACUGGACACCCUCCUCGACAAGGCGGAUAACGCUCAGUACAGCAUGCAGGAGCAAACCAAGAAGAUGAAGAGAUUAUUGCGCUAAAAUCAUAUCGCGAUUUCAAUUGUGAAUCAUUCACAUACACACAUUCGGAAUUUAAACUUAAUUUAACAAACAAAUAAUAUAUAAAAAUCGAUGUUUCAAAGUAAUCCAGUUCGGGCGCCUUCAGCCCUGAGUGCUUUCUACAGAGUGAUAUUAAUCCAUUGUACAUUUGUUUAUAUAAUUAUAUAUACACAUACAUAUAAUACUAAAGUAGAUAGGAUCAGUUUCCAACAUAAGUAUUGGAGACGUUCGAGUUUUAAGAAAAGAAAAAAAAAACACCAAAGAGAAUUGGAUGAAACACGAGCAUAUGUUCUUUUUUAAAUAAUCGUUAUUUUGUGCUUCCAGAAAGAUUGUGAAAAGGAGUGUUGAUGUAAAGAGAAGAAUAUGUUGUUUCCUUAUUUUCGCUGUUUUUAUAUAUGAUUAUAUAUAUAUUAUAUUAUGAUAUACAUAUUGUAGAUUUGAAUAAAUGUUGACGUUUGCGUGAAAUCAUCAUUUUGUCAAAGAGCGAAUACAAAUUUGAAACUUGCAAUUACAACGCAUAUAAAGUAUAGAUCCAAAAGAUGAAUGUAUUAAGUAUAUUUAAGUACGUUUUACUAAUUUCUCUGCAACUCUCUGUACUCGCCGCAAAUUGAACUUGCGGUCUGUCUAACCAAUUAAUAGCGUUUCAUUCAUCAUCGCCAUGGAAACGUUGACAUACUUUCUUGUAAUUGGUCAUUAAACGAAUCGAGAGAAUAAUUGCUGUUUGACCUUCAAUUUCAAUCAUUUCAUUUCAACAUUGUUAACAUUGAUAAACAACGAAUUUACAGUUCGAAAAUAUAAAUUUCCAUUGAAACACAAGCAAGCAACGCCACUUACUUUAAAUUCUACAGUUCAAUGAUUUAACAAAAAUAUUCUUAA